CCCUUUGUGGUGAUCACCACGCGGACCAAACUAAAACGUCGCAGCCGCCGUCACGCCUACAACUGCGAGGACGGGAAGAUCAAGCAGUGCUGCAAGCAGUCGCUGUACGUGGACUUUAGCCUUCUCGGCUGGGACGACUGGAUCAUCUACCCGAAGGGCUACACGGCCAACUACUGCAUGGGCGAAUGUGUUCAGCUGCACCGGUCGCCCGACGUCAUGGCCUACUUUCACUCGCACGUCAUCGAGGAGUACCGCAUGAAAAACCCCUACGCCUCCAUUACGCCCUGCUGUGCACCGACGAAGCUCUCCUCCAUUUCCCUCAUCUACUUCGACCCGGAGGGGCACAUCAUCAAGUCAGACCUGCCGAAGAUGGUCGUCGAUGAGUGCGGCUGCACGUGA